UCCUCUACUCCGACUAGGACUCCUACUCUACUCUACUCUUACAUAUGUACAUAUAAUCUUGAGAGGACUGUUCCUCUUUAUCAAAGAAUCUUGAGAUGAGAAACAUGGAGAGAUCUUCUUCUGGGCGUGGUAUUGAGGAAGAGAUUAUUAUUGAUGAAGAGGAAAUAUUAAGUGUUAGUGGAGGUGAUCAAAACGAUGAAGCGAGGCAGGAGCUGGGUAUGGAAGAUGCGUUCAAGAACACACGCAUUCCGCCAUGGACUAAACAACUUACUGCUCGGGCAAUGGCUACGAGCUUCGUCCUGUCAAUCGUCUUCAACUUCAUUGUCUGCAAACUGAAUCUCACGACCGGUGUUAUUCCAUCGCUCAAUGUGGCUGCCGGAUUAUUGGGUUUCGCCAUCCUGAAGACUUACACCGUUUUCCUCCAAAAGUUUGGACUCCUGAAACACCCUUUUACCAGACAGGAAAACACUGUCAUUCAGACCUGCAUUGUUGCUUCCUCUGGCAUUGCCUUUAGCAGUGGGACAGCGAGUUACAUGUUGGGGAUGAGUGGGAGGGUGGCUGCUCAGGCUGAAACUGGAAAUAUUCCAGUGAAUGUCAAGGCACUUUCUCUAGGCUGGAUGAUUGGAUUUCUAUUUGUAGUCAGCUUCGUUGGAUUGUUCUCUAUUGUGCCUCUAAGAAAGAUGAUGAUCUUGAAGUACAAGCUAACAUACCCAAGUGGCACUGCAACUGCAUAUCUCAUCAACAGUUUCCACACACCAAAAGGAGCCAAGUUAGCCAAGAAACAAGUUAGAGUUCUGUUCAAGUGGUUCUGUUUUAGCUUCUUGUUUGCAUUUUUCCAGUGGUUUUUCACAGCAGGCGAUGGCUGCGGAUUUGUGAAUUUCCCAACAUUUGGCCUCCAAGCCUUUGCUCAAAAGUUCUACUUUGAUUUCUCAUCAACUUAUGUUGGUGUUGGCAUGAUUUGCCCUUACGUGGUCAACAUUUCUUUGCUUCUUGGCUCCAUUCUCUCUUGGGGAAUCAUGUGGCCUUUGAUUGAGAAGAAGAAAGGUAUUUGGUAUGAUGCCCAUCUAUCUCCCAGCAGCCUUCAUGGCUUACAGGGUUAUAAGAUAUUUAUUGCUGUAGCUAUGAUGCUUGGGGACGGCCUUUUCCAUAUAGUCUACAUGCUGGCUCAGACAUCAAUUAGUCUUGCAAAGCAAAGGUCCAAGCACAGGGAUUCCUCCUCUGUAAAUUCAGAAGCUCUAACAACACCUGAUCAUAAUAAUCAACUGUCAAAUUACGACGAUCAAAAACGAAAAGAAUAUUUCUUAAAAGACCAAAUUCCCAGCUGGGUUGCCAUUACAGGUUACUUGCUUCUUGCCAUCAUCUCCAUCAUCACAGUUCCCUUCAUCUUCCCUCAACUCAAAUGGUACCACAUCCUAGUCGCCUACGCCAUUGCUCCCAUCUUAGCUUUCUGCAACGCCUACGGCUGCGGCCUCACUGACUGGUCUCUUGCCUCCAACUACGGCAAACUCGCCAUCAUCAUUUUCAGCGCCUGGGUCGGAAAUCAAAACGGCGGCGUAAUUGCUGGUCUUGCUUCAUGUGGUGUCAUGAUGAGUAUUGUAUCUACAGCUUCUGAUCUCAUGCAAGAUUUCAAGACUGGAUAUCUCACCUUAUCAUCUCCUCGCUCAAUGUUCUUCAGCCAAGUUGCAGGGACUGCGAUGGGUUGUCUCUUAACUCCUCUUGUCUUCUGGUUUUUCUACAAGGCUUAUCCAAUGGGGGAUCCUACCGGGACUUAUCCAGCACCAUACGGUGCUUUGUACCGUGGAAUGGCAUUGCUAGGAGUGGAAGGAAUCUCUUCCCUCCAACACUGUCUUACCCUCGUCAUCAUUUUCUUCUUCGCUGCAAUUGGGGUGAAUAUUUUGCGAGAGGUGUUGCAGAAAUACGAGAGGAAGUAUAGAUUGUACAGGUCUCCGAGCCCGAU